AACGAAAGUUUUUUGUUUGAGAAACUCAUUUAAUGUUGGUUUGCGCGUGAAUUUUGUUGAUUGUUUUCACCCGCUCCAUGCUUUCACGCCUUGACGACGCUAUGGGGGCGCACUUCACAUAAGACUAGACGACCUUUGACACUGACAUCCGCGGGAAUUUCUAAAUACGACCUAGCGUUAUGCGUGUCAUUUCGACGCGACCAAUGUUUAUAAGUCUUUUCAUACAUUUUAACUGAAUUAAAAGGCUAUAUUCAGAAACGUGACAGGAAUUCAAUGUUGAUAGAAAUAUGUCUGAUGGUCGGAGAUCAUCGAGAGCCAAGAAAACAGUGAAGUAUUCAGGCUUCGAUGCUGAGGAUGACAGUGAUGAUGAUUUUGCUCGAUCGACGCCACCUCCCUCCAAAAGGACCAAACUGGAGAAGAAAGAUAAACAGUCCAAGACAAAGGCUGGUGUUCCUAAGACCACUGCGACAACAGAUGAUGGGAAUGUGACUGGUAGAGGUCCUAGAAAAGAACGGGUUCCUCUGGAUGAGAAGAUAUUUGACCGCGAGAUGCAGUUAGCUAUGGAGCUAUCCAGGCAGGAAUCUCAACCAUCUCAGGACAAACAGACAAAGGAACAAACAACAAACAAACAGACAGCUGGCAAGACCAAGAACGUGGAAGCCCAAAUACACACUGGGUCAACAGAGAAAACCACCCACGGUGACUGCUCUUCCAAAAAUGUCCCCUCAGAAGAUAAAGAGAACAUCUGUGUCAGGCCAGCCAAGCCAGCCGCUUCCUCCCCAGAUCCCUGUGAUGAGAUUGUUUUGGUGGAGACCUUGGACGAGGAUGAGGUUGUAUCGGGACGAAGGAAGAGGCAAGCUGCCAAGGCAGCCGUUGCUAAGCAACGGGAGAUGAUGAGUGAGGAGAGUGAUGGGAGAGACGAAGACGAAGAGGAUUUUAAAGCUGAGAGUGGAGAUGAUAGCAGUUCUGAUGAAUUUGAUGCUGAUGAUGCGGACAGUGACUAUGAAGAAUUUGCCUCGUCAAAGAGUAAGACAACGAAAACGAAAGGGAGGAGUCCAAGAUCCUCUGAGAGAGGCAAGAAGAGUGAUGCUGUAGGCAGAACAAAGAAGACGUCAGGUGACAAGAAAUCCAAGCCAGCAACAAAAGCUGCCAAAAGGACAGAUUCAACACCAAAGCCGUCAGUACUCAAGCCAUCGACUCCAGUCACACCCCUGGCUAAACAUCCACAGAAAACAGGCCACAUCAGAGGGUUCACGCCCCCAGCCACUACGAGAGAUAAGAACUCACAACCAACCAACCAGAGGGUGCUACAGUCGACGGCUGUUGUCAGAAAACCCGGGUGGUCCUCACCAAGCAAUGCCAGUGAAUCCAACCCUUUAGGAGGGGUCAAGUUAGUCUCUCCGAGUCAACCAAUACGACUUGGUCUUUCUAGAAACGUUCGGAUUAAGCCACUACACCCGAAUGCCAAGGUGCAUUAACGGCUUGUACCGAGACUAACUACUUUUGUGUACAUUUAAAACCUGCUUUGAAAAGUGAUUACAAAGCACCUUAAAAAGUGUCAUCUACAAUUCUCAAUUUGUAUAUGAAAAGGAAUUUGAUCAAUCUUCCAGAAAACUAAGGAAUGAAACAGAUGUUCUUUUCUUUUGUAGUAUGACCAAGUUUUACUGUUUGUAAGCUUCAUAUUUAUCAAUUUUGUACAAAGCACUUACUUUUUUAAAGUAUAGCUCAAGUUGACCAGUGUGACUCAUUUCCAUUUAACAUGAUUUGCACAUAAACAAGAACAAUUAUCUAAAAGGGUAGAUUUCUGUUCUUCUCUUAGACGUCCAAAAGUAAUUUUCAGGUCACUUAUAAUUUUAAACGUAAGAAUUUUUAAAAUAAAGAACCCACAAAGAACUUGGAUAUGACCAUUUUGGGGAGUUUUAGUGGAUGCAUUCUUGUUAUGCUAAGCACAGUUGUCUUCAAUCUGGGUGCGGCCUUCCCAAACUUCAAUUAUUUUGUCCCACCUGUUUGCAUUUUGUCUAACAAGCCUACAAUCUCUUUGAUUUAAAAGAUGUACCAUACUGAGCAUUUCAAAAAAUGUCUGACUCUCACAAUUCAGCUCCAUUAUCAUUAAAACUGUGAAAUGAAACCCUACUCUGAAUGUCCAAAUCUAUACCCCACUACUCAUCGAACAAAAUUGUAAGUUUAGCAGACUGAAUUAAAAUAAACCAUAAAAAGUGUUCAA